AUGACCACCACCAAACCUCCGCUACCUCUACAGCACCACCACCACCGCCACUACCGCAACCACACCAACACCACUGUCACCAUCGCAGCACCACAACCAUCACCACUACCAUCUCACCAUCACGACAGACCAAUCACAGAACUCCACAAAUCCACCACACAACCACAAAUCCACCACAAAACCGUUCCCACAAAUCCACACAACCACCGUCCCCACCACAGAACCGCACGCCUCCACCACCACUGUUCAUCACCACUCACCCAACCACCACAUCACCGCCACACCUACAACAACUCAGUAAGGCAGUACCCUAUUACCACACAAUCCACACUAUACCGCCACCACCCCAACGAAACCAUUACAUUGUCUCACUCCACAAAAUCGAAGCGGUUGCAAACCACCGCUUCACAUCGCUGCCCUUCCAAAUUCACCACCACUAUGCAAUCAACCCCCGUAGCACCUCCAUUGCUUCAUAUCGCAACAAAUCGAGGCGGUUGCUAA